AUGGCCGAAGCGGCAAAGAAGAAUCGCGAAGUGGACAUUGUAACAGCUUAUGAGCGUAUGAAUCAGCUUCAAGCUUACUAUGAAAUUCAAGUUCUGGGAGCGCAAAAGACGCGCUGUGAUCUACUUGAAACACUUUUCGUUGAUUCACAAUGGAGCCCUGGCUUAUCAGAAGCAUUAGAAGCCAGGGACAAUACUGUGUUCACUGAAGUUUUAAACAAGAGUAUGUCUGUAAUGCGUAAGAAACAAGACGCUAAAACUAAG